UUUGCGCGUUGCAGUUGCAGCAGGAGGAGGACUGGCCUGAGGCGAGAUGCCGUGCCGCCCGCCCUUGGCUCGCUUCACCUUCAAUUCUUUUCUUUCUGUCGCGGCCAGCGCCUCCCCACCACGCCGCUUUAUUCUCUAAGAACCCCGUCCUCCCCUCUCCUCCUCCGUCCAUUGCAGCUCUUGCUGCUGCUUCUUCUCCUCACCUCCCUCCUGCUCAUCGUAGACAUCGCGAUCGCCGUCGUUGAUCUUGCCAAGCUCUUUGCUUCCGUUCUUUUUUCUUCUUGGUUCAGUUUGCUCAGUGCUAGCUCGUCCUGUACGUGUCUAUAUAUAUGCUGUGUUGGCGCCGGUUGCAUAAAUGGCCUACUCCUCGCGGUCCUGUGGUCGGUGCAACCACGGAUUAACUGAGCUCUGACAAGAUAGCUUCACUGACCAUGACUGCGUGCCCUGUCAAUUGGAGUAGAAUAUAGAAGGAAGACAUCACUUUGAUUAGCACAGCGUAGAGCGGGGGGCCAUGCUAACCCAAGCAAUUUCGUAUGGUGUUGUGUCCAUGUGUUUGUUGCUCUUGUCCAGUGCAGAGAGGAGAUCCGGUUUCAUGAAGUGGCUCUGCAAUUUCCUGAAGGGGCCGAAGCCCGGCGAACCGAACCGCCGCCGGCCCCAGGUGACGGCCGGAGAAGAGGAGGAUGCGCUUUGGCACCAACGACCAGUUAGACCAAAGAAUGAUCCACCUAGAAAUGACAACGAAGAACUGGACCGUGCAAUUGCAGAGUCUCUUACAGAGGAUGUCAAACCCCCCAAAGAGAAAAACCAUAAGGGAGACAACAACGACGAAGAUCUUGCAAGAGCCAUACAGGACAGUCUCAACAUGAACCCUUACACGCCUUAUAACCCCUAUGCUCCCUCUCAGGCCCAACCUAGAGGGCACAGGGUAUGUGGAAGCUGCAAGCAUGAGAUAGGACAUGGCCAUUACUUGAGUUGCAUGGGAAUUUACUGGCACCCUCAGUGCUUCCGCUGCAGCUCCUGCGGUCACCCUAUCCGCGAGACCGAGUUCACCUUGCUAGGUACAGAUCCAUACCACAAGUUGUGCUACAAGGAGCUGCAUCAUCCAAAAUGCGACGUCUGCCUUCAGUUUAUCCCAACGAACAGGAGUGGCUUGAUAGAGUAUAGAGCCCAUCCAUUCUGGGGCCAGAAGUAUUGCCCUUUGCAUGAGCAUGACAGGACGCCACGUUGCUGCAGCUGUGAGAAAAUGGAGCCAAGGAACACAAAGUAUAUGUCACUGGGAGACGGCCGCAGCUUGUGUAUGGAAUGCCUGGGAUCUGCAGUUAUGGACACCGGUGAAUGCCAGCCCCUAUACCAUUCUAUCAGAGACUACUAUGAGGGGAUGAACAUGAAACUGGACCAGCAGAUACCCAUGCUCUUGGUUGAACGACAAGCGCUUAACGAAGCCAUGGAAGGAGAGAGUAGAGGCCCACACCACAUGCCUGAAACAAGGGGUCUAUGUCUGUCGGAGGAGCAGACUGUGAGCAGUAUACUUAGGAGGCCCAGAAUUGGUGGAAACCGAUUACUAGACAUGAGAACUCAGCCACAAAAGCUGACUAGGAGAUGUGAAGUUACUGCAAUACUUGUCUUGUAUGGCCUCCCCAGGCUACUAACAGGCUCCAUCCUCGCCCAUGAGCUGAUGCACGGGUGGUUGCGCCUCAAAGGUUACCGAAACCUAAACGCGGAGGUUGAAGAAGGCAUAUGCCAGGUCAUGUCUUACCUGUGGCUGGAAUCAGAGAUUCUUCCGUCAUCCUCAAGGCACGCGCAGCCUUCAUCCUCUUAUGCCUCGUCCUCCUCUUCGUCUUACCCACCAACAUCGUCCAAGAAGGGUGGAAUAUCUCAUACUGAGAAGAAGCUGGGCGAGUUCUUCAUGCACCAGAUUGCCAAUGACACGUCAACGGCCUAUGGUGACGGUUUCAGAACUGCGUAUGCUGCCGUCAACAAGUAUGGCCUUCGCCAAACACUGAACCAUAUACGCCUAACAGGAGGCUUCCCUGUAUAAUAAGAUAGAAAAAAGAGAAAAUGUCCAUGCUGGACGCAACACAAAGAUCAUAUGGAUAUCAAAGGUUAUAUACAUAUUGGGAUCAAGUUGGCUAUGGAAGCAUAGUGAUUCAGUUUCGGUGACCUUGAGUUUUCAAAGAGGUCCUGUCAGAGUAAAUCAGAAAAGGAGCUGUAUUUGCUCGAAUUAAUUGGAAGGAAUUGGCGGUGCCCAAGUGUAAUAAGUUCGCUAAAGUACUAAUGUAAUGCACUGUUACUCACACUAAUAUAAUGAAGUGUAUACUCAUGCGUGUGCAGGUUUAAUUGUUUA